AUGGACUGCCUCAGCAUUUCAGACCCACGUAAAGUUCCCGCCUUGCCUGUGCGCCCUUCGUGGCUGGCGGAAGAAUCAAUGGACCGCGAAGCAGAUAUAUCCAAGGCCGUCCAAGGAAUCAUGACCACCUGGAACGCGUGGACCGACUGCGUCGAAAAAGUUUUUCAGCACAUGGGCAAUCAAACAGCAGACCUUCAGAUCUCAGAAGAUGAAUACAUUAACUUCGUCCGCAUGUUUGCCUCUCACCCAGCGAGGCCUAUCCGACGGCCGCUCGAGGAUAUAACGGAACACGAAUAUUGGUUUAUAAGAACCAUGCCGCAUAGGUAUCUCACCUACCUCCACGGUCUCUGGAACGCAUAUGCCGACAGGCUCGAGAAGACCUAUAUUGGCAUGGCCGCUGAGCUUGGACGCUGCAAUUUGCUGGCUUCUCCUUUUGAAACAGCGUCACCGAGAGGGCAGUUGCAUGGCAUUUUGCGCUCUAUGUUGGGUCCGGGGAGACUGUUCCACGGGCUGGCAGAUACGCGGACUCAUGAGGUGGCAGCUGUUGGAGAGAUGAGCCUACAAGGACGCUCGUUCACUCAUUCAGACCAGCUGGUGUCUGGCCUAGAGACCACGGGUCUUCAUGGAGCACCGGUCACCUACAUGAAAGGUGCGGAGGAGCUGGUCGUAGGGUUAAAGAAUAUGAAUAUCGAGGCAGACAUCUCUUGA